AUGGCACCCUCAAUUCACGACGCGCCCGUCAACCACACACAGUCGACAGCCUGUAAAGUCGGUAUCAAUGGCUUCGGUCGGAUAGGCCGCAAUGUCCUCCGGGCAGCGCUAGCCCGGCCCGAUAUCCAAGUAGUCGCGAUCAACCACACCUGCAACACAGUCGAAGACCUAAUCUACCUGAUCCGCUACGACUCAUCAAUGGGCGAUCUGGACGAAAGAACUUCCAUCAACGCUCUAUCCGACCACCUCAUCAGCAUCAACGGCAACCAAAUAGCCCUAACCUCAGAGCGCGAUCUGAAGAAGCUCAACUGGGCCGCACUGGAAGUUGACUAUGUCCUCGAAUGCACGGGCAAGUUCACCAAGCGGGAUUUGGCAAUGGAUCACAUCACACACGGCCAGGCGAAGCGCGUUCUCAUCUCUGCACCGAGCUCAGAUUCGCCUUCUUUUGUCUAUAGCGUGAACUCGGAUUCGUAUACUCCUACCGAGGAUUGCCGCGUUGUGUCGAAUGCUAGCUGCACGACGAACUGCGUUACUCCCGUCCUGAAAGUUCUUCAUGAGACAUUCGGGAUCACACAGGGCUUUCUGACGACGGUUCAUGCUGCCACGCGGUCGCAACAGGUGUUAGAUGGGUAUAGCAAGAAGAACAAGCGUUUAGGCCGCGGAGUCUUCAACAACAUCAUUCCCACAAGUACGGGCGCUGCCAAAGCCGUCGCAGCCGUUCUGCCCGAGUUGAAGGGGAAAGUGACCGGCGUGUCGAUCCGGGUGCCCACACCCAAUGUCUCCAUGAUCGAUUUGACGAUCUGCACCGCUCAACCCACAUCUCUCUCGGAGAUCCUAGCUGCCUUCCGUCGAGCUGCGAAGCUGGACAUGGCCGGCGUGCUUAAAGUCACUGACGAGGAACUCGUCAGCAGCGAUUACAACGGCAGCUCGUAUAGUGCUAUCAUCGAUGCGCCUGCGUGUGCCGAGCUUAACCCUCAGUUCUUCAAAAUUAUGGCCUGGUAUGACAAUGAAUGGGGAUACUCGAAUCGUCUGCUGGAUUUGACGAGUCUGGUGCAUGAGCGGGAGACUUCUUAA